GAACAUCUCUCUCAUCCCUCCCUUUCAGGGAGAGAAAAAAAAAAAAAAAAAAAAAAAAAAAGGAAAAAAAAAAAAAAAAGGAAAGGAGGGAGGAGUGGGAGAGAGGAGGAGAGAGGGAGAAAGUGAGCUCACGUUCACACAUUGGUGAAGAGGCUGGUCUUGCAAUGCCUUUGAAUAUUUUACUUUUAGGCAGUUCCUCAUCAGUCAGCCACACACAUCCGAGGCGAGCUGAAGCUAACUACAGCCAUGGACAGCACUAGGAGAUCUCAAAUCUAAUCGCAUGCAUCAUUCCUCCGGGAUAUUUUUUAAAUUCCAUAUCUAAACAGGCUGACAGGCAGCUGCACUCACACUCACUCGCACACACACACACACAUCCACACGUCGCAGAGCCGCCGAGCAAACACCUUGUCUCCUCUCGCAGGAUAUACCCGCUCACACACAUCUCUCUUUAUCUCCUCCUGGCUUCCCGGAGGAUCCUGCCGGCUGUUUUUCAUGGAGAAAGUCCAGGGAGAAAUGGAGAUUGAGAGAUGGGAAAGAAGUGAAGAGAUUUCAGACGCAGAAAAAAAGGUUAUUCAAGAGAUAUGGAGCAGAGUAUAUGCAAACUGCGAGGACGUUGGGGUCUCCAUACUCAUCAGGUUUUUUGUGAACUUCCCCUCGGCCAAGCAGUACUUCAGCCAGUUUAAGCACAUGGAGGACCCGCUGGAGAUGGAGAGGAGCCUGCAGCUACGCAAGCACGCCCGGAGGGUCAUGGGGGCCAUCAACACUGUGGUGGAGAACCUCAACGACUCUGAAAAGGUCUCCUCUGUCCUGGCCCUGGUGGGCAAGGCCCACGCCCUCAAGCACAAAGUGGAGCCCAUCUACUUUAAGAAACUCACUGGUGUCAUGCUGGAGGUCAUUGCUGAGGAAUACCCCAACGACUUCACCCCGGAGGCACACGGAGCCUGGACCAAGAUGAAGACCCUCAUCUACACCCAUGUGACAGCAGCCUACAAGGAGGUGGGCUGGGCUCAGUACCCCACUGCCACCCUGUGAGCGCCCAGGGGGCCACCAGAGGGGCAGGGAGGGCUUCGCUCACCCCAGGACUUCACUCUGGUCUCUUCUCAAGAUCUUUGCUAGGUUUGGGAGCCCGGUAGGGCCAGUUCUGUCAGCUGCCAAGUCACAAUUUGAUCUCCAUGGGGUUUAAAAACAAACUAAAUAAGCAAAAGAAACCACAGAAGCACGAAGGGUGUGGGUGGGUUGGGGUGAAGCAGUUGCAGGGGACGCUGGAAGGGGAUGCAGAGGGCGAGGGGAGAGCUUUGGUUGUUGGCUCCAUCUUCCUGUCCUGGCCUGUCCACCACCACCUCCCAAAUCCUGCACCUCACUUGCACCAUCUCAAAGUCCCUUGUACAAGUGCUGCUGCCCUGUUCACUGAUGAACACACCCCUCAUUUUCCUUGCAAAGCCCCUGGGUAGACCUGGCUUUUGGGGGCACACGUGGAGCCUCUGACUGGCUGAGAACGCUUUGCUUUGCACUUUCUGUAUCACCUGGCAGGGCUGGCAGCCAGAGCCACUCUGGGUGCCCACCACCCUGGGCUCCAGGUGGGCAGCAGCCCUCACCUCUCCUGUCACCCACAGUCCCUGUCCUUGGCUGGCUGCUGCAAACCCUCCUGGGGUGGGAGAGAAGCACUGCCACAGCAGAGUGGGGAGGAGGAGGAGGCCUUUGGGCUGCCUCCCCUCAUGGCUCAGAGCAUGGUGUGUAGGUGGGAUCCCUGUGCCAUAUGUGGGGAGCUGGUGAGUCCACCCACUGCCCUUCAGCUCCCUGAGGAUGGGCUUGGGUGGCACAGGAUGUGUGUAGGUCUGUCUGCCAGCUGUGCCCUCUCCGUGAGAACGGGGAUCAGGCUGUGACCAGGAGGAGGAAAGAUGGCACAGACGUAUCAGGAGGGAUUUCUGGGUGUGAGGAAAGGUCCCUUCUCUGUUAAAAUUAAUAAAUACCUUGUAUAGAACAUAUUCCUGCCCUCGUGGUAAAACUGGGUUCCUCCAAAUAAAGUGCCUGGAAGAAAUCAGCCCACGCAGGAGCUGUGUCCCUCCUGGGGACAGCAGUGCUCCUGCCUGUGCCUGACAAAGGCUUCUCCCACUCCCCCCAAAACGUGGCUGCAGGGCUUGGAGCACUCAUCCCCCCUCCAGCACCAACUCCUCCUCAACCUCUGGGUGAGUCUGCCUGGUUUGUGCCUCAGUUUCCCCUGCAAUUAUGAGAAAGGGAGGAGGAGCAGCCCUGCUGCCUUCCUGCCCACAUGUGGCUGGAUUUAUAAGAUUUCUGGGAACUGAAUGGCAAAGGAUUGAGGAUGAAAUGUCAGAUGUGCUGGGAAGCUUUGGAAUCCUUGCCACCCAAUAUUUCCCUAAAGGCCUAUGCUAUUUUUAGAGCUCUAGCAUUAAGGGCAAUGUUAUCUGUUGAAGUGGGAGGAGGGUUCCCUCCUGAGGUUUCCUCUGGCCUGGCUCCACCGCUGUCCUGGAGAGCUGGCAGCUUCCUGAGAGAGACCAGCUCCUCUCCUGGAUGCCAGCUGGACAGGCAACAAGCCCACAGUUCCAGCUGGGAUCUCUACAGCCACCUUGGGGACAUCCCUCCUCUGUGGGGACACUGCAGGAGGGGGCAUGGUCACUCCCCAGGCUGACCUCCCUCCUCCAGAGCAAACAGACAGACAGGAACUCCAGGAACUCCUGCUUUGCUCACCUGUGCUUUUAAUCAUCCCCAGGAACAGGUUUAUUAUGUCUCAAAAUAGCCCCAGGACUCCACUAAUGUCACUACAGCCACUCUGGCCUUGCAGUUAUGUCUUUCCUACAUCCCACAUUACCACUGAUGGAGAGGAGCAGUGGGGCCUGGAGCAAUGGCACCUCCUGGGCAUCCACAGAGAGCUGAGUGGCAAUAACAGCUGGGGCACAGCUGUCCUGGGCAUGGCAGUGUGCAGGAUCCAGGGCUUGUCAAAGGAAGGGACAGGCACAGGGUGACAUUGAUGCUGCUUUGCUCAUGGGGUGGGCUGUCAGAGUCAGCACCCCCAAAAUUCAGCCCACCAGCCUGCACUGGUGAAGGUGCCAGGAGCUGCUGCCUCCAGCUCACUCUGGGGUGUCACAGCAGCUGCUCAUCCCUCGAGGGUCAGUGGAGGCAUCUCUCAAACAGCUGCUGCUGCCUGGGGCAGGGAUGGGUGGGAAAAGCCUGUUCAGCCAUUGACUUCCCUCCAGUGCAGGACUGGAGAGGGAUCUCUUGGAUCAAGACUGUUAGAUGAUAUUUGUGUGUGUGCACAUCACGGGACUCUCACGAGCACAGCUCUGCUGAUUCCUGCCAGGACCUUGAGGCCAGCAGCACAUACUUCUGGGGAGUUCAUGUACUCCCUGUGCUCUGUGGAUGCUGGGCCAGGGAUGUUUCCCUACAGGGAUGUUUCAUCUCUAGACAACAUUUGCACAUUAACCUUUGAGGUUAAUAAUCUCCAGGUGGGAAUUUUAUUUUUGCAGAGCAAACCUUUCCCCUCCCUCCCCACAACCAAAACUGGGCUCCCAGUCCACAGAGAAGCCACUUUGGAGUGUCUGGGAAUUCUCCAUGUUCAUACCCAACCUACCCAUGUGCCUUGGCUUUUGGGGAGCAGCAGCAGGGAGGUUCCCCCCUCUCAUUAAACAGAGCUUUGGUUUCUCCUUUCUUCCUUUACAUCCCUAGAAAAGCUGACCCGCUGCCUCGUGCGCCUACGUGUGCGUGUGCCGGGCCUGGGGCUUUUUCCAGGCACUUUUUCCUAAAGCAGAUCCAGAUGUGUGCAGCUGCUGUCCCUCGAGGAGCACCCCCAUCAGCCAAACUGCAGGCCACUCCAAUAGAUGCAAACAAAAACAAGUUUAUUUUUAUCAGCUUUGUAGGAAGUGACAUGAAGCAGGAGGGCGGCCGGGGCAGAGCUCGGGAGGGGAGGAGACGGAGAUGAAACGAACGCCCCCUCUUGCCGCCUGCAGCACAGGAGGCACUGCCUCAGCCCAGGAACAUUCUCAUCUGGGGAGAGAUGAAGAUAACACAGUAAGGAAAAAGUACCAUUCCAGAGUGACAGGGCUGAUAAAUGCCAUGUGGAAGAGCAGAAAGGGGGGCCUGUCCUGGCUCUGUGCGUGGCUCUGCACACACACAUCCAUGCACGGCCAUUCCCUGUCACUGCCAGCCCACUGCUCCCCCUCCACAGCUGACUGGGGCCCCUUUAUCCCUGUUUUGUGCAGGCCUUGCUCUCUGGGCCUUGAUCUUUCGCUUCCUGGCACACUUAGGCUGAGCUAAGGGCACUUUGGGCUGAGCUUUACUCUCCUUGGUGGUGGCAGGUAGGGACCAACUUGCAAAGUCUUUUCCCCAAAACCUCACAGGUGAGAAGCUGAGGCUCAGAGCAUCAUUGCCAGUACACACUGGGGGCUGGCUGGUCUCUCUCCUGCCCUGUGGAGGAUCCCUGUGCCCCUUGGCAUUAUCAUCAGGGCUGGGCUUGGAGCUGUGAUCCAGGUGGGAAAGCCUUUGUGCUCCCUGCCAGAGGUAGAGAAAUGCUGAGUGAUGGAGGGAUUCAGUCCCUGGGGCAGGGUGCCCCUCGAGCACCUCAUCCUGGCUCUUUGGCAGCACCUGCUCCUUUCAACAAACCCUUGUCACCUCCCCUGAAGGUCAGAGGGAGCUGAGCACUGGAGGGAAGGGGAGGCACUGGGCUGGGAGGGGGCACAGACCCCAACCAUGUCUCCCCCUCCCAUGGCCAACAUCCAUGGCAGGUUUAGCUCUGCAGGCACUCAGCUAGAGACACCCCCCAACACCACCAGAACCCUUACGGCCCUGUGCCACCAACCUCAUCUUCUCUUGGGGGGUGACAAAUCCCCAAGGCAGCCGAGACUGAGCUCUCCCAGGGGAGUCCUCUCCAUCUCUGCCACUUUGUCCCAGCAAAGAGUGUCCCCACUCUCUGAGGAGAUGCUCAGAGACUUCAGAGGGGACCAGAUUUCACCUGGCUGCACUCUGGUGCCAGGACUCAGCCUUGCCUGCCCCUUGCUGUCCUGGUGCAGGGAUGUUGGAGUGAGGGCUGCUCAGGGCCAGCACCAUCAAUGCCAGACAGAGGGAAAAAAGGGAAACAAACCCAUGUGCUGAGCUUGGACCAGCUUAGGGAAAGGGAGGGACAAAACCACCUGCCUGGCUCUGACCUCUUUGCCAGGCUGCAGCACUAAUUACUUUCCAUAGCUGAAGUUGUGUCUAACUGUUAGUAUGUCUGAAGCAGCCCCAGAGCCGUGGGCGUGCACGCUCUGAUGUGACUCCGUGUCUUUCCUGUUCCUGCUGCAGAUCCUGUUCACGUCUCGUGUUCCUCGGCGCUUCCGUGCUGGUUUUAUACCUGCCUUCCGUGUUUAUGGGUGUAACUUGUUUUUCUUUUUGUAGGUUUUUAGUAUGUUUGUAACCGGACAAAAUGGUGUUAUUAAACUGAAACUUGUAUCUUCAGUGGAUAAAUCAAUCAAACCCCCUCCA